CAAGUUAUAAUAUAGAGGUGGACUAUAUUUAUUAUUUCUUACCUAUCAUUUACUAUUUUUGGAGCUGUCCAGAAAAUUAUGUGGAAGCUGAAUAAGUCAAUCGCUAAAGAACUAUUACCCACACAGCCUGUGGACUUUGCAAUUGAACCAUGGUGGGGAGUAUGUCUUGUCAACUUUACCUUGGAAGAAUUUAAGAAACUCUCAGAAGAAGAAAUGGCGACAAUAGAUAAAGUGUGUAAGGAAGAAGCAAACUCAUUUGUCCUUUUUGAUCCUGAUGUUAUAAAGGGUCUUUUCCGACGGGGAUUGAUCUACUUUGAUGUCCCUGUUUAUCCUGAUGACCGCUUUAAAGUGUCCAGGCUUGAAGGGUUUGUAUCCAACAGGGAGCAGUCAUAUGAAGAUCCUAUUGAGGAGUUACUAUAUGCUGUUUUUGUUGUUUCAAGUGAAAAUGCAACUGUUGCCGAAUUGGCUGCGACUUUACAGGCUGACCUACCCCAUCUGCAGGCUGCUGCAUCUUUUGCUUGUCGUUUGGGAUGGGCAGUUAAAGUAAUUGAUCCAUCGUCUAUUCUUGAAGAUUCAAUCAUACCUGGAUAUCCUAAGAUUGGUCUCAAUGAUGAAGAAGAUGGUUCUCAUGCUACUGCAGGCUCAGAAAACAUGUCCAUUGAUGGGAAUACUGUUCAUCAAGGCGAUAUUUCGAGGACAGAAAAUUAUAGACAAGCUUCUAAUCAUACACGUCUUGCUUUUGUUGUUGAUGCUAAUAUAACGUCUUAUCUUAUGAUGGGUUCUGUUUCACCAGGCUUGAAGUCACAUGCUGUUACACUAUAUGAAGCAGGAAAAUUGGGUCAUGCUAGCAUUGCAGAUCUUUGCAAGGAUCUAAGUACGCUAGAGGGAACCAAAUUUGAAGGAGAAUUGCAGGAAUUUGCUAAUCAUGUAUUUAGUCUCAGAUGCGUGCUUGAAUGUCUGCACUCAGGAGGAGUUGCUACUGACAAGGGAGUAGAGGAAGCUUGUGAUAAUAUGGGUAUGGUAGCUUCAAUAAGUGAUGAGGCUACUUCACUGAUAGCUGAUGUCAUGAUUACUGACAAAUCAGGUGACAUUGGUAUGAAUGAAUCUGAAUUGAAUAUUGAUGACUUUGCACGUGAACACGUUAGAAGUAAUGGUGAUGAGACAUUUUCGACCAAUUUAGGAGAAGAUGGUAAUUGCUCAAGUGGGGACUCUAAGUCAGAGCCUAAUGUACAGAAUGAUGAGAAACUGAUAUCUGCUGAGGGGUCAGAUGUUGGAAAAGGAACUCAAAGGAGGAAAAGGAAAUAUCGUGUGGAUAUCCUCCGUUGUGAAAGCUUGGCUGCUCUUCCAACAACAACUUUAGAUCGGUUGUUCCUACGUGACUAUGAUAUUCUUGUCUCUAUGGUUCCUCUUCCUUUUUCAUCAGUUCUGCCUGGACAACAGGUCCUAUUCAUUUUGGUCCUCCCUCCUAUUCCUCUAUGACACCUUGGAUGAAAUUGGUAUUAUAUUCAACUGUGGCUUGUGGACCUCUAUCUGUUGUUCUGAUGAAGGGGCAAUGCUUACGUUUGCUUCCUGUUCCAUUGGCUGGUUGUGAGAAAGCGCUUAUUUGGUCUUGGGAUGGCUCUGCAAUUGGAGGACUGGGAAGCAAGUUUGAAGGAAACUUAGUUAAAGGAAGUAUACUUUUACAUUGUUUAAAUUCACUUCUAAAGUACUCAGCAGUGCUGGUGCAGCCCCUGAGCAGGCAUGAUCUUGAUGAAUCUGGAAGAAUAGUUACUAUGGAUAUCCCAUUGCCCCUGAAGAACUGUGAUGGAUCAAUUGCUCGUCUAGGGAAGGAGUUGGGACUAAGUGCUGAGGAAUGUUUGAACUUGAACUCAUUGUUAAUUGAUUUGGCUAACAAAAUAGAGUUGUGGACAGUUGGUUAUGUACGCCUACUAAAACUUUUCAAAGAAAGAGAAUCAGAUCACUUUUUACCUGAUGAUGAAAAGUAUGAAUGGGUCCCAUUAAGUGUGGAAUUUGGGGUUCCCCUUUUUAGUCCAAAAUUGUGCAAUAAUAUUUGCAAACGGGUGGUUUCAUCACAAUUACUUCAAGCAGAUUCACUUUCUGAACAUCAUGAUGCAAUGCAAUGCUUAAGGAAAAGGUUGCGUGAUAUUUGUGCAGAGUACCAAGCUACAGGUCCUGCUGCAAAACUUCUUCAUCAAAAAGAGCAAUUGAAGGACUCAUCUCAACAACUUAUGAACUAUGCCAGCGGAAAGUGGAAUCCACUUUUGGACCCUUCGUCUCCCAUUGCUGGAGCCUUGAGUGACCAUCAGAGAUUAAAACUUGCUAAUCGACAGCGUAGUCGGACUGAAGUUUUAAGCUUCGAUGGUAGCAUUCUUAGAUCAUAUGCUCUAGCUCCUGUCUAUGAGGCUGCCACAAGGCCUGUUGAAGAAUCUCCUGCGGUGGGUACAAUAAAAGUUGAACCUGAUGAUGCUGACAGCAGAGAAGUAGUCCUUCCUGGUGUUUGUCUCCUUUUUGAUGGAUCUGAGUUGCAUCUGUUCGAUAUAGGUGCUUGCUUGCAGGCUCGCCCACCAGUCUCCUUAAUAGCAGAAGCCUCAGCAGCCUCUGCAUCUUCGGCAAUAAAAUAGUCUUCUUUGCUGCAGUCUUACAUGGUAAUAUAGAUAGAAGAGUUUGUCCCAAUACUUAAAAAUGGCAAUCAUCAUGAGCUUCAUGUCGCCUGUCACUGCUGCUUCUUUCAUUCUUCUGCUUCAUCUCUGAUGUUGGUUAAAUGCAUGAAGUAGGGCUGGUGUUUAAGCUGGUGGUGUUGUGGGUUCAAUUCUUUGUCUUGUAUGUGCAAGGAAAAGCAAAGGAGACGUUUGUUGUUUGUGAAUAAACACCACUCAAGAUAUGACAUCGUGCAGGGUCUUGGUGGUUAUUGAUAACCAGGAUCCAGGAAACAGAAUAGUUAUUUGAUUUUUGCACAUAUCUGGAGGAAAGUGAAGCACAUUCAAUUUUGCAAAACUUUCAAACAUGAAGCUUUCUAAUUUCAAUCUGCAUUUAAAAAAAAUUUGUUUUUGUUUUUAUUUUAUUUUAUUUUAUUUUAAUGGUAAUUUGUUUCCUGAAGAAUCAGUGAAAAUUGACCAAUGGUAUCCAAAUAUUUGAUUGUUUGAGAAGAAAAGCUUCUUUGAUGAUUCAACGGGGUCGCACGAGGAACUUCUUUGCUAAGGACUGGUCAUUCUCUUGAUGCUUGAUCACUUUGUGUCGGCAGCAUCCGGAAAAAAAAUUAAGAAAUUCUCUUUGGGCUCUGCUUGCUGGGAUAUAGCACCAGAUGUUAAAUUUUGUUAAUCCCACGACGUCCUUCUCAUUGUGGUUUUUUCAGUUUGGUGAGAUCAUGGGUGGAUGCUUUUCUAGCCCAAGUCUUUUUUGCUCUAAUUGCAGACACUUUUUGGCUGAAGUCUGUUGAAAUUGAUUUCAUCGAGUUUGAAAAUGGGAAAAUUAUAAGCUCCGGAGUAUUGAAUCUGCUUGAA